CGUCAACUUUAAACGGUUAUUACACAAAUCUUAGAACUAUUUUUUUUAUACAACUAUGCGAUUAUUACUUCUAUGGAUAGUUAUUGAGGUGGCCUGCAAUGUUGAACAUCGGCAGUUUUCGUUUUACACGAAAACUUCAACUUUGGUUAACAGAUGUUCUGGAACAUCGUUGAUAGCCAGUGUCGAAACUGUGAACAUUCUUGAUUGUGCAUCGAUUUGUUUCCACGAAUUUCACUGUAGACGCUUUUCGUAUUGUUCUGCUGAUUCCUCUUGUAAAUUAUUCCGAGACGGUACAGACUGUGUAACAGCUGGCAAUGGUAAUACUUGUUCUUGUUAUAGGAAGAACAUUGGUCGCAAGCCGUCUAUGGUGACAUGUCCAUUGGGGUACCAUGGUGAAAGCUGCCAACAUAUAAUCAAAGAUUGUACAGAAGGGUUCGACAGAGGAUGGAAUAUCAGCGAUGUAAGCAAAGCUUUAGUUUACAUUCAACCAACAGCCUCGUUGGAACCAUUUGAAGUUUUCUGUGAUUUGAAACAUGUAAGCGGUACUAUCAUCUUGGAACGAAAUAAUAACUGUUCUGACGAAAACUUCAACCGAUCUCGGACUGAAUAUGAAAAGGGUUUUGGAGAAGUCAGCAAAAACCAAUGGAUCGGUUUUAAUAAAUUAUUAGCGAUGAUUGAGAAUAGGCCUGGGUUUAAUUUUACCAUACAAAUUGCUCUUAAAGAUGAAGAUGGGAACUCGUGCAACAAUUUCUAUAGGGGACUGAAACUUGAAAACUCAUCGAAUGGUUACUCUAUUUCGUUCGUUAGUAAUGACACCAAUUCCUGUGGCGAUUCUUUUGUAGAUGGACGCCCAUUCUCUACGUAUGAUGCUGAUUACACCGAUUACCAGUGUGCUACGAGAUUCGGGGGUGGGUGGUGGUUUGCCAAUCAACCUAAUUGUACGAAGGGUUUCCUUACCGGUAGCAUGAAAGGAUCAACAACAGACAAUUUCUGGUAUGGCAGUUUCGAUAAUAGAGUCCUGCGAAGGGCAACGAUGUGGUUAAUUGGUAGUAUUAUAUGAGUGGACACUGAAACACUGUGUAUUUGUUUGAUGAUAUACUGGAGUCUGUUAGAUGGUGUAUUUGUUGAUAGUAUAUUUGCAAAGUUUUCUUUGACUAAAUGAUUUUAGAAUUUUGGAGGUUGUUGAGCAUUUCCCGUUCUUUGCACAUAUUUGUUGGCGAUUUAGAGGUCAUCUGAUCUGGAUAAACUUUGGUACCAAAUAAUUAUAAUGCUGUAAGGAUCAGAAAUGUCAUCUGAAUAUUUCUGGGCCAUCUGAUAUACAUAUAAUAUAUACAUCCCCUUGUUAUCGAUUUCUGUAUUGUGACUCUGCCCGGACAGUCGAUCCUACUACUGACGUUUACUAUAACUGUUUAUGGUCCGAUAAGUAACUCCCUUAAAUUGAUAUAUUAAGAAAUAGUUGUUUUUCAAACAUAAAUAAUUGUAAAACCCAAUGAUAGAAAUAUUGUAAAACAUGGAAUAUCUAGCACAAUGAAUGUUAAACGCGCAUUUCAAUUUAGAGACGCUAGAAGAUGACCUUAAAAUAUAUGUGAAUAUAGCUAUUAGUGAUAAAGAUUUAAACUAUGGAAUAACGUGAAUAGAUGAUACAAUAAAUUGGCUAACAAAAUGUAUGUUUAUUUACAUUUUGGUGUACUGCCAGGUUGUAAUGUAAAUACUAACUAUAUAUACAAAGCUAUAAUCAUGGUGUAAAUUGUAAAAUAUUGCAAAAUUAUAUAAAAAUGUCUGUGGUUGGUGAUUAAAAUACAC